UCUCCCCUCUUCGCUGAGUUGCGCAAGUCGCGAAUCAGCCGACGGCGUUUCCAAGAGCCUUUUUUUCCCCGCUUCCACUCCCUCUCUCCCAGCUCCCUAUUGCCCGGAUGGUCGUAGCCAUAGCCCUCUAGGAACUACGGCAAGCGGGUGGGUCCAACUCGUCCCAGGCAUCUGAAGCCUGUGCUGCUUGCAACUACGGCAAGCGGCGGGGUCCAAAUUCAUCCCCUCAGAGGCGGCGAGGAGGAUUGGGAGGCUCCGCUUUCUCCUCAGCGGUUGCCAGGCGAAGCGAGCGAGAGGGCGGGUCCGGAGAGGGCGGCCCAUGGACCAGCCGGGCCCCGAGCGGAGGAGCCGCCGCUUCCUCUCCUUCUCGGGGAGGCCUCUCGGAAGGCAGGCGGUGUAGCUCGGAGGCGGAUGAAGGAGCGGAUGAAGAAGCCCAGGCCUUGAGGCGCCGCCACCUCCUCCCUCUUUCCCUGUCUCUCUCUCUCUUUCCUCCUCCUCCUCAGGCCUUUCCUCUCGCCCUUGGCCUGAGGUAGACGCCUGCCUCCUCCUCCGCCGCCGCCGCCAUGUCGGCCAAGGUGCGCCUGAAGAAGCUGGAGCAGCUGCUGCUGGACGGGCCGAGGCGCCACGAGAGUGUCCUCAGCGUGGAGGCCUUGCUGGACCUCUUGGUGGGCCUUUACACCGAAUGCAGCCGCGACUCGCCGCUCCGGAGGGACAGGCUCGUCUCCGACUUCCUCGAGUGGGCAAAACCAUUUACACAGUUGGUGAAGGAAAUGCAGCUUCAUCGAGAUGACUUUGAAAUCAUAAAAGUCAUUGGUAGAGGUGCAUUUGGUGAGGUUGCAGUUGUUAAAAUGAAGUGCACGGAACGCAUUUACGCAAUGAAAAUCCUAAACAAAUGGGAAAUGCUUAAAAGAGCAGAGACUGCUUGCUUUCGAGAAGAGAGAGAUGUUUUGGUGAAUGGAGAUUGCCAGUGGAUUACUACAUUGCACUAUGCCUUUCAGGAUGAAAAUUAUUUGUACUUAGUAAUGGACUACUAUGUGGGUGGUGAUUUGCUGACACUACUUAGCAAGUUUGAAGACAAGCUUCCUGAAGACAUGGCCAGGUUCUACAUUGGUGAAAUGGUUCUUGCUAUACAUUCCAUCCAUCAGUUACAUUAUGUGCACAGAGAUAUAAAACCUGAUAAUGUUCUGUUGGAUGUGAAUGGCCAUAUACGCCUGGCGGACUUCGGAUCAUGUUUGAAGAUGAGUGAGGAUGGCACUGUGCAAUCUUCAGUUGCAGUGGGCACACCUGAUUAUAUUUCUCCUGAGAUACUUCAAGCAAUGGAGGAUGGCAUGGGGAAAUAUGGACCUGAGUGUGACUGGUGGUCUCUGGGUGUCUGCAUGUAUGAAAUGUUGUAUGGCGAAACUCCAUUUUAUGCAGAAUCACUGGUGGAAACCUAUGGGAAGAUUAUGAAUCAUGAAGAGAGAUUCCAGUUUCCAUCACAUGUUACUGAUGUCUCUGAAGAUGCAAAGGACCUAAUCCAGCGACUUAUCUGCAGCAGGGAACGUCGUCUGGGGCAGAAUGGAAUAGAAGAUUUCAAGUCACAUGCCUUUUUUGAAGGACUCAAUUGGGAUAAUAUCCGAAAUCUAGAAGCACCUUACAUUCCAGAUGUUAGCAGUCCUUCUGACACAUCAAAUUUUGAUGUAGAUGAUGAUGUUUUAAGAAACCCUGAAAUGAUACCACCUGGUUCUCACACUGGCUUUUCAGGAUUGCAUUUGCCUUUUGUUGGUUUUACCUACACAACUGAAAGCUGUUUUUCAGAUAGAGGUUCAUUCAAGAGUGUGAUGCAGUCCAGCGGUAUAACCAAAGAUGAGGACGUUCAGCGUGACUUGGAAAACAGCUUGCAGAUAGAAGCAUAUGAAAGGAGAAUACGAAGAUUGGAGCAGGAGAAGCUAGAACUGAGCAGGAAAUUGCAAGAAUCUACUCAGGCUGUUCAGUCCCUUCAUGGUUCUGGUCGCAUAACGGUAAACACAAACCGGGAUAAAGAAAUAAAAAAGUUAAACGAGGAAAUUGAACGCUUGAAAAACAAAAUAGCAGAUUCAAAUAGGAUAGAACGGCAGCUCGAAGAUGCAGUGACGCUGCGGCAGGAACAUGAGGAUUCCACUCACAGGUUAAAAGGCCUUGAAAAGCAAUGCAGGAUACUGAGGCAAGAGAAAGAAGACCUUCAUAAGCAACUUGUUGAAGCAUCUGAAAGAUUAAAGGCACAGUCCAAAGAACUGAAGGAUGCCCAUCAACAAAGAAAGCUAGCAAUGCAAGAGUUCUCAGAGCUGAAUGAAAGGAUGGCAGACUUACGCUCUCACAAACAGAAACUCUCUCGACAGCUCCGUGACAAGGAGGAAGAAAUAGAAGUGAUCAUGCAGAAAAUUGACUCCAUGAGACAGGAAAUUCGUAAAUCUGAGAAAGCGAGGAAAGAGCUAGAAGCCCAACUUGAUGAUGCAAUAGCAGAAGCAUCUAAAGAACACAAGCUUCGAGAGCACAGUGAGAUUUUCUGUAAGCAGCUGGAAAAUGAACUGGAAACUCUAAAGUUAAAGCAAGGGGGCCGUGCUGCAGGAAUGGCCAUGCAGGAGCAUCAGCAAGAGCUGGCCAAAAUGAAGUCAGAGCUUGAGAAGAAAAUCUUGUUCUAUGAAGAGGAACUGGUCAGGCGAGAAGCAUCCCAUGUCUUGGAAGUAAAAAAUGUGAAAAAAGAAGUGCAUGACUUAGAAAGCCACCAGCUAGCAUUGCAGAAAGAAAUCAUGAUGUUGAAAGAUAAAUUGGAUAAGGCAAAACGGGAGAAACAUAGUGAAAUGGAGGAAGCAGUAGGAACUCUGAAAGAGAAAUAUGAGAGAGAGAGAACCAUGCUCUUUGAAGAUAACAAGAAAAUAACAUCUGAAAAUGAAAAGCUUUGUUCCUUUGUGGAUAAACUUACAUCACAAAACAGGCAGCUAGAAGAUGAGCUUCAGGAUUUGGCAGCAAAGAAGGAAUCUGUUGCCCACUGGGAAGCUCAGAUUGCAGAAAUUAUUCAAUGGGUGAGUGAUGAAAAAGAUGCACGCGGCUAUCUUCAGGCUUUGGCUUCUAAGAUGACAGAAGAACUUGAGUCCUUGAGAAGCUCCAGUCUGGGAUCAAGAACACUGGACCCUCUUUGGAAAGUAAGACGAAGUCAGAAGCUGGAUAUGUCUGCAAGACUAGAAUUGCAGUCUGCUCUUGAUGCUGAAAUACGUGCCAAGCAGCUAGUCCAGGACGAAUUAAGGAAAGUGAAAGAUGCCAACCUGUCUUUUGAAAGCAAAUUAAAGGAAUCUGAAGUAAAGAAUCAAGAACUCUUGGAAGAAGUUGAAACUUUAAAGAAGAAACUGGAAGAAAAAUACAGGACUGAUGCAGGUCUAAAACUUUCAGACUUCCAAGAUUCCAUUUUUGAGUACUUCAAUACUUCGCCCCUUGCACAUGAUCUGACUUUUAGAACAAAUUCUGUUAGUGAGCAAGAAGCACCGGGUUCCAAGGUAGAGGUAUCACCAUCAACAUCUAUGACUACAGAACAGCAGCAAGCAGAAGAACCAAUUCGGCUUCAGAGGAUGCCUGCUGCUCCCUCCCCCACCAUUCAGUCCAUUUCUCUAGCUGUACCAAAGCCAAAAGCUCAUCAACUCAAUAUCAAAUCCUUUUCAAGCCCUACGCAAUGCAGCCAUUGCACAUCCCUCAUGGUGGGACUGAUUAGACAGGGAUAUGCCUGUGAUGUGUGUUCAUUUGCAUGCCAUGUUUCCUGCAAGGAUAGUGCACCUCAAGUCUGCCCUAUACCUCCUGAGCAAGCCAAGCGGCCCCUUGGAGUGGAUGUUCAAAGAGGCAUAGGAACAGCUUACAAAGGCUAUGUUAAGGUAAGAAUCUGGUGUCUUUGGCAGGAAAAAGAGGACUGUGCCCUUAUCAGCAAUGUUUUUUUUAAAAAAAAGGUUGAUGUAUUUACAAAACUCAACUCCACCAAAGGGGGCAGUUAUACGUUUGCCAUAUAUAGUCGUAUUUCACUGACUGUUUUCUUUUUCCUCCCUCUUGCUGUCAAGGUGACAGCUUCUCUCUUAGGCUCACCUUCAAAGACUUGCUCUCUGCUGAUCCUAACAGAAAAUGAAAAUGAAAAGCGAAAAUGGGUUGGAAUCCUAGAGGGGCUGAAAUCUAUUCUGCACAAAAAUAAACUCAAAAACCAAGUUGUACAUAUUCCACAGGAAGCCUAUGACAGUACACUGCCUCUCAUUAAAACCAGCUUAGCUGCUGCUGUUAUAGAUCGGGAUCGAAUAGCAAUUGGUUCUGAAGAAGGCCUUUAUGUCAUUGAGGUAACCCGUGAUGUGAUUGUCCGAGCUGCUGACUGCAAGAAGGUCUACCAGAUAGAGCUUGCUCCCAAAGAGAAAGUCAUUAUUCUUAUAUGUGGUCGGAAUCACCAUGUUCAUUUAUAUCCUUGGUCCUCCCUGGAUGGUUCUGAAGGCAGCUUUGACGUUAAGCUUCCUGAAACUAAAGGUUGUCAGUUUGUUACAACUGGGACACUGAAGAAGACUUCUUCAACUAGUUUAUUUGUGGCAGUCAAGCGGCAAGUUCUGUGCUAUGAAGUUCACAGGACUAAACCUUUCCAUAAAAAGUUCAAUGAAGUCCAGGCUCCCGGCAAUAUACAGUGGAUGGCAGUGUUCAAAGACAGGCUUUGUGUAGGCUACCCUUCUGGUUUCUCUCUGUUGAACAUCCAGGGAGAUGGACAAUCUAUAAACCUGGUAAAUCCCAAUGAUCCUUCGCUUGCAUUCCUCUCACAACAGUCUUUUGAUGCCCUUUGUGCUGUGGAGCUCAGCAAUGAAGAAUACCUGCUUUGCUUCAGCCAAUUUGGAGUGUACGUGGAUGCACAAGGUCGAAGGUCGCGCAUGCAGGAACUAAUGUGGCCUGCAACGCCUGCUGCCUGUAGUUGCAAUUCAUUCUAUUUAACUGUCUACAGUGAAUAUGGUGUUGAUGUUUUUAAUGCAAACACUAUGGAAUGGGUGCAGACUAUCGGCUUAAGAAGGAUCAGACCCUUAAAUGUGACGGGCACACUGAAUCUCCUUAACUGUGAACUUCCUCGAUUAAUCUAUUUCAAGAACAAGUUUUCGGGAGCUGCCCUUAGUGUGCCGGAAACAUCCGACAACAGCAAAAAGCAAAUGCUUCGUACUAGAAGCAAAAGAAGAUUUGUUUUUAAAGUCCCUGAGGAAGAAAGAUUACAGCAAAGACGAGAGAUGCUUCGAGAUCCUGAGCUCAGAUCCAAGAUGAUUUCAAACCCAACCAAUUUCAACCAUGUAGCUCAUAUGGGACCAGGAGAUGGAAUGCAAGUGCUCAUGGAUCUCCCAUUGAGUGUCCUACCUCCGUCACAAGAUGAAAAGUCCUGUCCUCCCACGACCAACAUUUCACGCCAACCCCCUCAGAGAAACAAAAGCUACAUUUCAUGGCCAUCUUCAAGUGGCACUGAUCUAGGAGCAGCCAUGCCUUUGCGGAGUAUGUCUGAUCCAGACCAGGAGUUUGACAAAGAGCCUGAUUCAGACUCUACAAAGCACUCUACUCCUUCCAACAGUUCUAACCCAAGCGGGCCCCCCAGCCCCAACUCACCGCAUAGGAAUCAGCUGACAUUAGAUGGAUUGGACCCAUCGGCCUGUGAUGCAUAACUACAGCACCUACUCCCCCUUUCUCAUUUGCAAUCAUCCACUACUCCGUGGAGUAUUGAAGAGCAAGAUGCCUGUCUCCAACAACAGUGCCAAGACUGAUACAGAAGUUCUAGUUUUGCACAGAAGUGAAUAUGGUAUCUAGAUUGUAGACUAGGUUGGGGCGUGGAAUUUUAAAAAAUGGAGGAGAAUUCAUUAUAACUGCAGUGGUCAAGUUUUGCUGUCAUUUUAAAUGCAAAACUGUCAAUUCUUACAUUUUUGGUGGACCCAUUUCUGCACAGCUGUGAUAUUAUUGUGGCAUAUGCUAAAGGCCACUGGUAAACAGUCUUCAUAUUUAAACUGAAAAAUAGAGAAGAGAUGCUGGUAGUGUUUACUAUUAUGCAGUGUCAGGAAUAAUAUUUUUCUAUAGGAUGAAGUAAUGUCUUGUUAGCAGGAAAUCCUUUUAGAAAAAAAAAUCAGACCUUUUGGUUAGGAAGUAAAAGCAGACUAGUCACAUCCUUGGCUAAAUAUAUUCUGUUUUGUUUUGUUUUUUCUCAAUGUCGAGGAGAAUGAUAGGAAGUUGUAGGGCCAUUCCCAGCAUCAGUAGAACAUGUCAGGAAGUUGAAAACUGUGGUUAUAGCUUGUGGCCUUUUAACUUAUUUAGCCAUUACAUACAUUCUCAGCUUUGUAAAUGUCUUUCUCCUGGCUUUUUAGUCAUGUACAUAAAACUAUUACCAGUAUCAUUUUAUCCUUACCCUGCUUUUUUAGAUCUCGUUAGCCAGGGCAGGGCCUUUUUUAAAAAACGAAAUUUAAAUUACUGCUGUGAAACAGGUUUUACUCUGCUUUUCCUGCUAUCCAUCUUCUCACACAUUUGAGUAAUUUCUCUUGGUUGGUUGGCUGGUUGGUUGAUUGGUUGGUUUCAGUGUAAACAUUUAACACUACAUUUAAAAAUAAAAUUAGCUAGCUAGCAUUCCUUUGGGAUUGCUCCCCUGAAGGCUGCUUCUAUGAAGGGAUUGUGUAGUUCUUAAAACAUCAGUCUCUUUUUAUUGUUAACCAAAGUGGAAAAGUUGAAAGGUAUGUAUAUGAGGGUGCCUCAUUGUCUUUUUCCUUCCUUCCCCAAUUCGUUGUAUUCUCACCUGCAUGAAGACCCCAUGAUUGCUAAUCAAAAGUAUUGAUCAUGUAGGGGGAAAAUGCACAGCACACUCCUGUAUAUUUUGCUAUGGCCCAUGUGCAGCAGUGACAUAUUGUGUGUAUAUUUAAUCCCAUGCUUCCAUGUAUUAUACAUUUAGUAAUUUUCCCUUCCCCUCCCCUCCAAAAUCGUGAUCAUGUUUCAUUUAAAAGCGUGUAAAUUAAUUCUGUGGCUGGCAUAUCCAGUUUGUCAUUGUCACACUAGUGUGCCUUCUGUGCCAAUUUAAUGACAGUUGGAUGUCAAUUGUUUUAAAAUCUGGUUUCUAUGGGCUAACGCUGUUCCAAUGGCUAAUCCUCUUUCCUGAAACACUGUAUAGGAUGUGCACUUAUCUCUAGUUUAAAGCAAGUGGUUCUAGUCAACAUUUAAUCCUGUUACAUUAAGUGUUUGACAAUAUUUGCUCUUUCUCAGAUUCUCGAUCAAUGAAGCUCAAUUUGAGCUGGACACUACUGCUUUUGGGAUCCUCUGAUUUUUACUCUUUUUUUAAUGUAAGUCUAAAGUCUUUGUAAUUAUUGAAUUGUGAGAACAUUUUUGAACAAUUUACUUGUCAAUAAAGCAGAAGAAGGAAGUUUUAAA